AUGGCAACACAGGACCGGGUUGCCAAGACAUGGGGCAUCACGGAAAAGGAUCGAGACUUGAUCGAAAGACGCGCCGCGACUCGGAUGCGAUUGCGGAAAGAGUACCAGCGGCAGUUGUAUAGUCCUUACAAUCACGGCAUCGGCGAAGGCGGUUACGUCUUUGAUCCGAUGAUCCAGCGCUUUUUGUCAAUGAAAGCCACUCUGUACGAUCAUUUUAAGCCUACUCCUCGCACGGCGUUCAUUGGUCUCGCCACUGUUAUCGUCCCUAUUUUCGGAAGCGUUUAUUUCUACCGCAAUCGCCGAUUGGCCAAGGCGAAGGAGUUGAGCGAAGGUCGCGUGGCCUACGCGGAUCGUUUGUGGAAGCUCAUUUAA